CAGGCUGGGAUCACGACCACCCUGAACUCCCGCUGCUCGGUCCUGGCUGCGGCAAACUCUGUUUUCGGGCGCUGGGACGAUACGAAAGGAGAGGAAAACAUAGACUUCAUGCCAACCAUCCUGUCUCGAUUUGACAUGAUCUUCAUCGUGAAGGAUGAGCACAAUGAGGAGAGAGACAUGACUCUGGCCAAACACGUCAUGAAUGUGCAUUUGAGUGCCCUGACCCAGACCCAGGCUGUUGAGGGAGAGAUCGAGCUCAGCAAGCUGAAACGAUAUAUCUCGUACUGCCGCACGAAGUGUGGGCCCAGGCUGUCGGCAGAGGCUGCAGAGAAGCUGAAAAACCAGUACAUCCUGAUGCGGAGUGGGGCACGGGAACACGAGCGAGAGAGUGAUCGGAGCAGCAGCAUCCCGAUCACAGUCAGGCAGCUGGAGGCCAUCGUCCGGAUUUCCGAGUCACUGGCGAAGAUGAAGCUGCAGCCGUUUGCCACGGAGCGUGACGUUGAGGAAGCCCUGCGGCUUUUCCAGGUCUCCACCCUGGACGCAGCGCUGUCAGGAAGUCUGGCCGGAGCUGAGGGCUUCACCACAGCAGAGGAUCAGGAGAUGUUGGCUCGUGUUGAGAAGCAGCUAAAGCGUCGCUUUGCCAUUGGCUCGCAGGUUUCUGAACACAGCAUCGUCCAGGACUUCCUCAAACAGAAAUAUCCAGAACAUGCCAUCUACAAGGUGCUGCAGCUGAUGAUGCGUCGAGGUGAGAUUCAGCAUCGAAUGCAACGCAAGGUUCUUUACCGCAUCAAGUAAUGGUGACUGUAGGGUGAGGCCGGGGCCUCUGUGCAGCUGCCUUGUGCUGUCUGUGUGAUGUGGUCCUUUCUGCCCAUGUGCCUGCUGUCCCUGCCCUGGGUCCUAGGCCAGGUUACCAAGGUGACAUGGUACAUAGUUAUUGGUAACUGGAGGCUGCAGGUGGAGACAGGCUGGACAAAUGGCCUUAGUACAGCCAUUGCUUUUGUCCUUUUACUAGUCACUGGAUCUUAAAGAACUAAGGAAUUUGUGACAUGGUGUCUGAUGACUCUUCUAAUUCCUCAAUAAAGUUGUUUGCCGAAUA